AUGGCCUCAACGAACGACCACAAAUCAACCCAGGCUACAACACAGAACGGAACUGCCCAGGAUGUGACCAACGACAGCAAGAAGCAGAUCACGAAACAAAACAAUGACAACAGCAAAGUACUGACACCAUGGGUGUACGAUCUUGGACUGGCAAGUUUCAACCUUGCUUUGGAUGUCUUCUUCAGAGAGAUCUAUCCCAGAAACACUUUCAGAGUCCCUAAAAAGGGCCCUGUCAUCAUUGUUGGCGCACCGCAUGCCAAUCAAUUUGCUGACUCCAUCAUCCUCAUGCGGCUGUUGAAGCAACAUGUAGGACGUCGCAUGUCUUUCUUGGUCGCGGAGAAAUCGAUGAAGGAACCUUACAUUGGCGCUAUGGCUGGUAAAAUGGGUUCAUUGCCGGUGACCAGGGCUAUGGAUCAUGUCAAGCCAGGGCAAGGCUAUAUCUAUAUUCCGGAUCCUGAGAUCGAUCCAACCUUGGUUCGCGGUGUGGGAACAAACUUUCUCAAUGGCCAAUAUAUGCAAGGCGGUAGCAUCAUCAUGCCCAAGCGUCCUGGUUCGAAGGCAGCACCCGAGAGUCAGUACAUCGAGGAGAUCAUAGGACCGAGAGAGUUCCGCCUGCGCAAACCAUUCCAAGCAGAGGAUUCGAUUCUUCAGCUCACUGGCGAGAGCAAAGCUCCUGAUGGAAGCAUGAUCAAGGGCACAAAAUUCAAGGUCGCGCCUCACAUCGACCAGAACCGUAUGUUUGAUGCCGUUUAUCGUGAGCUUGCCAAGGGCGCUUGUGUUGGUAUCUUCCCAGAAGGUGGAUCCCACGACAGAAGUGACUUGCUACCGUUGAAAGCUGGCGUCGCUAUCAUGGCUCUGGGAUGUUUGGCCCGUGAUCCGGAUUGUGGACUUACCAUCAUCCCGGCUGGCAUGAACUACUUCCAUGCUCACAAGUUCCGCUCACGAGCAGUCAUCGAGUUUGGUAAUCCCAUCGACGUACACCCGGACCAGGUCAAAGCGUUCAAAGCCGGAGGUACUGAGAAGCGUGAUGCCAUCGGAUCAUUGUUGGAGACAAUUUACGAAGGUCUAGCAGCAGUCACACAACCAAGUCCGGAUCAUGAAACCUUGCAGCUUAUCCAGGCCACACGUCGCCUCUAUAAUCCUCCUGGUCGCAAGCUCCCUCUCCCCGUGGUGAUUGAGUUCAACAGACGCCUCCUGAAAGGCUACACAAAGUACCAGGACGAUCCUCGAGUUGUGAAUUUGAAGAAAGCAGUCGUCGACUACAACCGCCAUCUUCGUGCAUUGGGCAUCAAGGACCACCAGGUAGAAUGGGGUGACGCUUCUGCACGUCCUUGGUGGUGGUGCUUGGCCACGCUUCUCUACCGCCUUGGAGAAUUGCUACUUCUAAGUUUGGGUACAUUGCCAGGAGUCUUGAUGUUUUGGCCAGUGUUUGUGACUUCCAAGAUGAUCUCGAUCAAGAAGCAAAAAAAGGCUCUUGCUGGUUCCGUUGUCAAGCUUCAAGGACACGAUGUCAUGGCUACUUGGAAAAUUCUCGUCGCAAUGGCUUUGGCUCCUGCUCUGUACAUCUACUACACAGCACUUGUCAGCUUCUGGCUCUACUACAACCGCAUUGGUGGGCAGUACACCUAUUCACUGCCCUGGUAUCUGCGCGCACACACCUAUAUUCCCGACUUUGUUCCUCUCUGGCAAUUUUCUAUCUUCUUCUUCGCGCUCAUGGUUUCUGUUUCCUUGGCUGCCCUCCGCAUCGGCGAGAUUGGCAUGGAUAUCCUCAAGUCACUUCCUCCCCUCUUUGUGGCUCUGAAUCCAGCUUCCUCGGCUUCACUCUCCCAACUUCGCGCUCACCGAAACGCUCUUGCCAAACAGGUGCGCGAGACAACCGAUGCCAUUGGCCCCGAUAUUUUCCCUGGAAUGGUUGCCCGUGCUAUGGAACAAUCGAAAGACGAGCAUGAAGGUGAAGCCUACCAGUCGCAAUUGAGGAAAAGUUCUUUGGCCGAGAAGGCGGGUGAGAGAGGCAGAAGCAGUGGACUUAGCCCAUUCUGGUUGCCUGGCGCUCUCACACCCGGUAGCAGAUCUACUUCUUUCUCUAUGGAGUCGCCUGCUCUUGAGAGAAGAGGCAGUCGUAUGACCCAGGAGCAGCCGCAGGAAAAUGUGGAUGACAAGGCAAAGGUUGACGAAUACAUUGACUACAGUUAUUAG